AUGGCCGGCCUUUCGCGCCACCUGCUGGAAAUGUUCCUGCGUCGGGAGUUGUUCAACCUCGACGAAAUGCGGACGCUGGAAAACAACCCGCAACGUCAGGUUGGAUACCUGAAUGUGGGCGGAUACGUGCAGCGCGAUUAUGCCCCGCUUCCGGAUCGCCUGCGCUCGGCCAACGAAGCGCUGAGCCAGGUGGCAGACUUCCUGGCAACGCUGGAUGCCAAAACCGACCCCGAGCUGGGCGCUCCCCUGCGCGACAUGGCGGUGGAGGCGUACCGAGGUAUGGCUUCUUACUACCGCACUGGCCUGUCCGCUGCCGCCGCCGACUGCGUCGCCGUAGCGCCAGACGUUGCCGCCGAGUUCGAUCAGGCUCGCACGGCCGCAGCAACUGCGGUGGAUGCCUUCGUGGAACGGUUGCAGUCUCGCGACGUGCGACCGGAAUUUGCCAUCGGUUCCAGUAUGUACGGUCGAAUGCUGGCCGUGGGCGAGGGAGUCAAUACGGCGUUGUCCGACGUGCUGUCCAUAGGCCAGGCCAACCUCGAAGAGAAUCUGCGCCGGUUGGAUGAAGCCGCAUCGCUGGUGGCGCCGGGCAAAUCGGUACGCGAGGCGGUGGCCCUGGUCAGCUCAAACCAUCCGACGGCGGCGGGCCUGAUUCCAGACGUGCGGGAGAUGCUGGAAGACAUCCGGCAAUCGCUGAUCGAUCUGGACAUCAUAGGCUUGCCCUCCGAAGAGCGGUGCCAGGUUACGGAAACACCGUCGUACAUGCGCUACGCCUUUGCCGCCAUGGAUUCCCCGGGUGGGUUGGAAUCGGUUGCCACCGAAGCCUUCUACUACGUUACACCCGUGGAACCCGACUGGACGCCACAGCAGCAGGAAGAAUGGCUGGCCAAUUUCAAUUACCGCACGCUGAAGGUGGUGAGCAUCCACGAGGUGUACCCCGGCCAUUACGUGCACAACCUGCACAAUAGACACGGCGGCGGCCUGCCACUGAUCAAUCGGGUCGCCACAUCCUACGCCUUCAGCGAGGGUUGGGCGCACUACACCGAGGAGAUGAUGCUGGAGACCGAGUACGGUCGCGAUGACCCGGCCCUCUGGUUGACCCAACUGUUGGAAGCGUUGGUGCGUAAUUGCCGCUACCUGUGCUCGCUGGGGAUGCACACCCAGCGCAUGACGGUUGAUGAGGCGACGCGGUUCUUUCAGGCGCACGCCUACAUGGAAGAACACCCGGCGCGUCGGGAAGCGCUACGUGGCACCUUCGACCCCGGCUACCUCAACUACACGCUGGGCAAACUGAUGCUGCUGAAACUGCGCCAGGACUGGAGGCGGCAGGAAGGCGCGGGUUACCGUCUGCGCGGCUUCCACGACGCCGCACUAUCCUGGGGUGCCCCACCGGUCCCCCUGUUGCGGUCGGCGAUGCUACGCGAACCCGGCGCUGAAAUCCUGUAG